CACUCACACACUCGUCCACUCACUCACUGUUACAGCCCUGGUGGUGAUUCAACCUCUGAUUUUCAAGCGAACGAGCUAAAAGCAACAAGACAGACGGGAUGCCAAAAAGUGCGGACCGGUGGAGAGGUUGAAUAAGCCCUCUUGAAGAGAGAGAGAUAGCGAGAGAGGAAGAGGAGGAAGAAGAAGAAGAAGAAGAAGAAGAAGCAGACGCAACAAAACAAGACGCGCUUUUCUUCCGCCGCGGCAACUUGCGCACAAACAGUGCAGAGAGUUUUUAGCGGCAGUAUUGUUCUGACUUCACUCCAGAGGGGCCACUCCGAGGAGAGAGGACGCACACAACACAAAAGGGGGAAAAAGGAAAAAGGACUAACGAGCACACCGCUUUGUCGUUUUAAAAAAGUAAUGGUCCUGCGGUCUUAGAUUCCUAGAUUUUCUCUUGUCUCUCUCUCUCCUCCUUUCUCUUGUUUCUUUUUUCCAUUUUUGAUUAUUUUUUUUUUUUUUUUGUUGUUGCCUUUUUCGUCCCCUCCUUUGUCGCCGAGAGAGAGAGUGGACGCGCCGGGUGUUUGAGGAGCAGAAGCUGAGGCUGGCUGUCCACAUGGUCCAACCAACCAACCUGGCGUGAAAGUUGACUUCUUCAGAGAAACAAGAGAACAGGUGCCAGUGAUGAUGGUGGAAUCAGCCUCUGAGACCAUUCGAACGACACCGUCCAACCAGAACGGAGUCAGCAGCCAAUCAGAUGGAGGGGGAGGUAGAGAGGGCGGGUCUAACGGUGACACCAACGGAGAGAUCAGCCCGGUCGACUUACUGCACCUGCAACAGCAACAGGCGCUCCAGGCAGCCAGACAGUUCCUCCUCCAGCAGGCCUCUGGACUCAGCUCCCCUGGCAACGAGGUCAAACAGAGCCCUGUGCAGGUGCCCGUGUCCAUGGCUAUGAUGAGUCCACAGAUGAUCACUCCUCAGCAGAUGCAACAGAUCCUGUCUCCCCCUCAACUACAGGCCCUGCUGCAGCAACAGCAGGCUCUAAUGCUACAGCAGUUACAGGAGUAUUACAAAAAGCAGCAGGAGCAGUUGCAUCUGCAGCUUCUGACUCAGCAGCAGCAGCAGCAGCAACAGCAGCAACAGCAGCAGCAACAGCAGCAGCAGCAGCAGGCCGGGAAGCAAGCGGCAAAAGAGCAGUUAGGCAGUAAGCAGUUGGCCUUCCAGCAGCAGCUGAUCCAGAUGCAGCAGCUUCAGCAGCAGCACAUCCUCAACCUCCAGAGACAAGGCCUGGUCCCACUGCAGCCCACCGCCGCCAUGCAGUCUCUGCAGCAAGGUUGUCAACUUAACCGGCGUUCCUUUCCCGCAGCGAUGUGUCCGUCAGACCUCCAGCAGCUGUGGAAGGAGGUGUCGGGGGUGCAGAGCAGUGAGGAUGCCCUGAAACAGGCCGAGGGCCUUGACUUGAGCACCAACAGCUCCAAUUCUACCUCAGCCUUCCCCAAAGCUGCCAGCGCUCACAUCCCACUGCACAGCCUGGUCAACGGACAGAGCCACACCCCAAAGAGAGACAGGUACAGAGCCAGACUGUUUGAAUGGAUAUCCUCCUUCACCAAGGCAGACAGCGGAGAUGACCAUGUCCCCCUUUACACCAAAGGCGGCCAACUCCCCAGCAGCCAUCACGAGGAGCACGCCGGCUCCCAUCCUCUCUACGGCCAUGGAGAGUGCAAGUGGCCUGGCUGUGAAGCACUGUGUGAGGACAUGGGACAGUUCAUCAAGCACUUGAACAAUGAGCACGCCCUAGAUGACCGCAGCACUGCUCAGUGCCGAGUCCAGAUGCAGGUGGUUCAGCAACUGGAGAUACAGCUGGCGAAAGAAAGCGAGCGACUCCAGGCCAUGAUGACCCACCUGCACAUGCGCCCCUCAGAGCCAAAGCCUUUUAACCAACCUCUGAACCUGGCUUCCAGUGGCUCUCUGUUAAAGCGGGACAGCGACCUUUACCCAGAGGGUCUUCCUCACCCCCCCACCUCAGCUGCCACCCCCAUCACCCCACUGCGCCAGGGCCCCUCCGUCAUCAGCUCCUCCAGCCUGCACACACACUCCCACUCCCACUCGCACGGCGUUGGGCCCAUACGUAGGCGCAACUCCGACAAGUACUGCACCCCCAUCGCCUCAGAGCUGGCUCAGAACUGUGAGUUCUACAAGAACGCUGAUGUCAGGCCUCCCUUCACCUACGCCUCUCUUAUACGUCAUGCCAUUCUGGAGUCCCCAGACAGACAGUUGACUCUCAACGAGAUCUACAACUGGUUCACACGAAAGUUUGCCUAUUUCAGGAGAAACACAGCCACAUGGAAGAAUGCUGUGCGCCACAACCUGAGUCUGCACAAGUGUUUUGUUCGCGUUGAGAACGUGAAGGGGGCCGUGUGGACUGUGGAUGAAGUUGAAUACCAAAAGAGGAGACCACCAAAGAUGACCGGAAGUCCCACUCUGGUGAAAAACAUGAUUUCAGGCCUGGGCUUUGGAUCCCUAAACGCCAGCUACCAGGCGGCUCUGGCAGAGAGCAGUCUUCACCUGCUGAACAGCCCCUCCCUGGUGUCCCCGUCUGCGGCCAGCCUCAACAUGCUGCAUGUGGGCCACGAUGAUGUCAGUUCCACUGUGGAGCAGGUCAACAGCAACGGCAGCUGCAGCCCCACGCUCAGCCCUCACCAGUACAGCCACCAGGUGCAUGUGAAGGAGGAGCCCACUGACCUGGAGGAGGACAGUCGGUCAGUAUCCCUCCUGGCCGGCGUCACACACAGCCUGGCAAUGCAGAGCGACGACCGCGACCUGGAGGAGGAUCUCCCCACCGAGGAGCUGGAGUAGGACCGAUCCCAGACGGACCAGAGGGACGAGACAUAGCGAGAUCAAUCCCUUGAGCCCUCUCGUCAGCUUGAAGAGGAAAAAGAUAGCUACAGUACACUUAAGAGAAAAGAGAGAAAAAAAAGAGAAUGUUUUUUUUUUGUUGUUUUUAAGAAAAUGCAAGCAACCAAGGACGACAUUGAGAAACUCCAAACAGGGUUAGAUGACCUUUCAGACGCAAAAACUAAACUGUGGAGCACUGCUUUACAUCCAUGUGUUUCUUUUCCAACACUUGGCUCAGAGGUGUAACACCACUCAAUGCAGACACACACACACACACACACACACACACACACACAUUCACCAUGUCUCAUCAUCCUCCCCUGGUCAAAUCAGCCUCUGUGUAGAGACCCUUAGAGGUUUGGACACACUCUCUCCUCCUUGCCCGACCACUCUGCAUACGCCCUCCUCGCUGUUGUCUCGGGCUGCCUGGCUAGCCGUUUUAUCUCAGCUGAGAAGACACACACGUGUGUUUGUGUUCGAAAGAGAAAGACACACACACACACACACACAGGAUCAUGUGUAUAUAGAUUUGGAGCAGUCACCAGGGGCUGUGCAGACCUCUCCUUCUUCCCCCUCUUUGAGUCAAUCACUUGCUUUUUCAUUUUCUUUGAUUUGAUUGAAAUGAAACUGUCGGGCUUCAAGGCGGGAAGGAAGGAAGGACGAGCGCUUUCAAAGCUCAGCAGCGCUCCAACACUUGUGCAGAUCUCCACGUUGGCGUGUGAACUCCACGGCGAGGCUGCGGCCCUGGUCCCUGCCCAAACUUCUGCCCCCCAGCAAGACACUUAGUGACGAACAUCUUUUAAAACUCUUUGCUUCUAAGUGAGAAAAAAAAGACAUUUUCCUACCCCCACCUCCACCUCCAUCCCUUCCCAUCCCCAUCCCGAAAAGACUGCAGGAAUAGGACCAUUUGGUGCUGUCCUUCUCCUCUCCUCCGUCUGCAGACGGAGCGACGAGCUAGGAACACUUUGAGAAGAAAAGAGGGGAAGCAAAGAGAAACGAGGGAGGAAGCGUCUACAGAAAUAUUGUGACUAAAAAAGAAAACUGUUCAUGAUUAUGGAGUAUAACAAGAAAAAAAAUGUGUGGUAGCUUUUGUCAUUUCCUUUUUUUUUAUUUGAUGUUAUUAUCAUUGUUUAUUUUUGAGGAUCAAUAUUUCCACGGUGGCGUUCUGUUUCGACGUACCUUUUCUAAGGAUGCUGUUUUUUGUUUUUGUAUUGUAAAUUGUUUGAUUUACUCUGGCUGUUCACACCAUUCCAAAUGAGUAUUGGCAAGAAAAAAAAGAAAGAAAGCGCAGUAUUGUCCCAACUUGUGAUACCCGCCCCCCACUCCCGCCCCUCUCCCUUUCUGUCCCAAUGUGUAGCAGGCAAGAAAUUUGGAAAUAGCACUUAAAGUUGCCAUUAUCCAGACAGAUUAUUUAACAGCUGAAUCUUUUGUUUUUAAAAUUCUCUCAUUCACUUUUUUUUUUGGUUGUGUAUUUAGUUGAGAAAUAUCAGUAAUGCUUUAAAAAAUAUAUAUAUUAUUACUGCAGUCAGAGAAUACCUCAUCCCACAAAGGUUCUGCCUGGAACUGUGUCCAAAUUGAUAAACAUAUAAGGGGGAAUUCUUUCCGUGGGACACCAAAUGUGGCAACUCUGCUCAGCUUCGAUUCAAAGCUCUAUGGUUGUAAUAGUUACUGUGUAGAAGCUAUCUGCAAUUCACUGUGUGAGUUUGUGUUAAAGGAAUAGCACGUGAGAUUUAUUUUUUUGUUUGUUUUCCGUGAGCAUAAAAGCAUUACUUUUUUCUCUACAGUGCCAUACCAAAUUUAACAUUUAUUUUAAUCUAUUAUCUGCUUAUUCCCAUUUUAUUUUUGUUACAGGUAACCAAAGAAAUAUGUAGAAAACCAAAAACCCUGUAGUUUUAUUUUGCCCUUUUUGAGUUUCCUUUUUCUUCUUAAAGAAUUGGCCAAAAGACAACAAACCAGGAGUUUGAAUUCUUAUUAUUGUAUUCAUAUAAGUAUUGUGUUGAAAUUAUACAUGACUUACAGUGCUGACCAUUCCGAAAACCAAAGUGUGUGAAGCAAAACUAGGAUUUGGAGACAUCAAAAAAGCUUUUACAUGAUAAGCGGUUACGAAUGACUCACAUUAGGUAUGAGGCCAAAAAAAAAGUAGUAUUAACAAACCUCGCACAGUUCCUCUGGAAAAACAAAAAGAAAGAGAAAAGCACUUAGAGGUGAAACCCUGUCUCUCCCACGCUCAGGCUAAACUGUGUUCCAAACACAAUCCUAUAGGACUGGCCCUGAAGACGAGGCACUCGUGAGGCAUUUGAACACUUUUACAGGAUACUUGUUCUGGUGCUGUCGUAACAAACAUUUGGAGUUUUUCAAUCUAGGGAACAAAACCUCUUGAUCUGUAUUCGCAGGAAGAGGAAGUGUACUGUAAUGUGGUUACAAAAGUCACAUCUUUGGACAGGGAGGAGUUAUUCCAAAAAAACAUAUAUAUUACAAUAAAGAGGGAACAACUUAAAAAAAUAAUACCAACGUAAGAGGAAAACAACCAAGGGACUAAUUGAAAGUUGGGUUCAUAUUUUCAUACUUUUUUGUCAAACUAUCUCUUGCACUUCAGACGAUUUUUCUUAUUUAAUGAAAGAACCUUUCUGAUGACUUUGUGUUCAAACAGGACUGUUUCCUGUCACAUUAGAGACUGAUUUCUAACAAAGUACAAAGUGGCAGAUAGAAACGAGAUAAAAACCAAAAAUAACACUACCUCCUUUUCAAAAAAACGGUUCAACACAUAGCCAAUGAGAGACUGAACUCUCUGAAAUAUUAUUUUUUUUCCUCCAUUCUUCCUCGAUGAUAAUAAGGAAUGCCAAAAUUGUUGUUACACUUACUGUAUGACUGACAAGAAAAAAAAAAAAAAAAGGUGAUCCGGACUCCCUAACACAUCCGCUCGAGCCCAAAAACAUAGAGACGUUUCACUUUCCAUGGAUUUAAAAAUGACUACCUCUCCUUAAACCACAUCUAAAGCACUCUCUACGUCUCAAAGUGUGUUGUGAAGUGCUCACUAUAUAUGAAAAGUUUUCUAUCAGCUGUGUUAAAAAAAAAACUGACCAUAUUCCUGCACCCAAUUAGCACUGAGCUCUGUGAACAGCCUCUCAACUGUGACUGUACGUGUGCAUAUUCAUGAUAGCUGGUCGUUAAUGGCGGCGUUGCAGGGAGCUGGCUGUCGGUUUGGGUGAUGAUGGACAGAAUAUAUCAGUGCCACUCACACACGCACACACACAGGGGUAUAAUAGAAGCAGGGCUAUGGGUUAGUGCAACAGGAGGCUCUGACCAUCCAGAUAUCCAAAGACCCACAACAACACAGCAGCACCCGCUUCGCCAAAACACGAGACGCCGAGAGGACUAACACACACUCAAUGAAACUCAUCACUACUACUAGUAAUAUCCAAACCAAGAGGAACUGCUGCAUACAGUACAUAGAUGAUCUCUGACUUGUGCUUUAAGGUACACCUGUAAACAAAGCUGUUUUAUAAAGAUGUAGAUUGUUCACAGGUCGCCAUGUAACACUUCUGUUCUUUCUCCAGCUUUGGCAUAACAUGAUGUAUUCUUGUAUAUUAACGCUUGACUUAUCUCUCCGGGGCAUUCUUUCCCUUUUUGAUUUUUUUUUUUUUUCUUUUGCACCUGUUUAGCUAUUGUAAAGCUUUCAGCUCUGAUUCCUAUACUGUACUGCUAAUGCUGAAGUAUAUGUAUUUAUCAUAUUAAGUGCUGCAGGUAUCUCGGUUUAUUAGUUUUGUUUUUGUUUCCAUUUUUUUCAGUUCUUCAUAAAACGUCUGGGACGCUGAUUUUUUAAGUGUAUUAUCUCUAAAAAAAAAAAAUUAAAAGAAUAAAAGUUAGAUCAGUGGUUUAGGUAACACCUGUUUGUAUAUUUAUCUUAGCUAGGUCUAUUUUGAUACUUUUUUGUCUCUGUACUGCAUUUAUGCAUUUUUAAGGAAAGAAAAAAAACAAAUGGAAAACAAACUAAAAAGUUACUUCAUUAUGUAUUGAUACCUCAGAAGGACUUUUUCUCAAAGACAGGACCAAAACCUCUGAAAAGAAAAAGAGAAAAAAAUGUAAGAAUAUGUAGCCCCUCUCUUGCUUUAAAAAAGAAACAACAACGCGGAGCUCUAGAAAGAUAUUGCUGUUGGUCCUCUCAGGUGCCAAUAUGUGUCCCAGCUCCCUGUGACCCCUCCCUCUGACCCCUGACCCCUGUCAUUCCUGUGCUGAACUCCGACCCGCAGAGCUGUCAAUCAUCUGCAGGCGCCGUGGGGGUGUCACUGAGUCACACACACCUGGCUGGUGGUGACCAGUCGCCAACCUCAUCUCCCAGUCCCACAGAGGCCGAUCAAAGCCCGACACUGUUGCAUUUUUGAUACUCCUCCUCUCGCGUAGUCUCAAUACCAAAAUGUGGAAUGGCUCUCAGAGAUGCAGCUCAUCCUCUGACUACCAAAGGCAUUGAAAGCAACCAGUCCAAACUCCUGAACUGUAACCAAACUGUAACCAAACCAAUGCCACAACCUUAACCAAACAAAAACCAAGCUACUUCCAAAAGUCUCCAUCGACUUCACUGAUCACCUUUAGCUGUUAUCUCUCGUAUACAUCCACGUAAUGGUGUUGUAGGGCCGGCCUGCGUCCUAUUGGCUGGUGACUGACUCAAAGGACACGGGGAGCCCAAAUCCUGACUUGUGAUUGGACAGUUCUGAGGUGUCAUGUGAGGGGUGAGGGACUCUCAAAGUGGAGCCUGACGGUAUUAUCAAGUAGAGACAGCCAGAAUCCGAUGGAACUACCACUUCAGCGCUCCUCUGGUUAAACCUAAGGAAUGUGUGUACAUUUUCAGCAGUGACUCUCUGUAUUGUUUCUUAGUUUCAGUUUACCUGUUUACCUCUCUUUAUCCUUUGGUUUUUUUGUUCUGUUUCUUGUUAUUUGAAAGUGUGACCCGAGGACGAGGCGGGGACAGGGACUGGGCGGUGGCUUUAGACAGACAGUGGAGCCCAGCCCUCUGACCCUCCACCCCGGGUAGCCAUGUAAUGCCAGUCACUGCCCUUUCCUUCAUGCUGUAUAAAAACACACACAUAUAUCUGUGUAUUUGUAACCUGAAUCUUCUUGUGUCUGUCCAUGCAGACAAUAAAAAAACUGUACAGUAGGUCUAGUUGCAUGUAAUCUGUACUAAUUAUUGACAAUGGCAUUAUAAAAUGCAAUAAAAUACUUAUUACACUGUC